AUGUCCUUCCACCAAGAUGAGUUUCAGGACCUGGAGGACCUCAUCUUUGGACUCGGUCAAUCCUUGGAUGGCUCGAACGAAGAGAGUUCAUGGGGCCGGUCAGAUAUGAGCUUCUUUGACGAAUUUUUACAAGAAAACGACGAUCCUCGGUUGCAACCCAUUUUGGAUGAAGCGCAAGAGAGUGAAGGGAUCCUUGCUGAGGCCGUCAGGGCUCUCAUUAACUACACUCAUCCAGAUGAUCUUUCAAGCACCGCCAUCAAUAUGAAUACGAAUAACGGGUUGGGUCUUGAUCGACCAUUAGAUGUUCUUCGACCACUGUUAAACGAGAAUCCGUAUCGGACUGGAUACCAGAAUGUGAAUCUUCAGCCACAGUCGGAUGAAAACCCCUAUCGGACAGAAUACCAGACGACCAAUCCUCGGCCACGGCCUGAACCAAUUCUGGGCCGUCAAAACGUAAAUCCUCAACCGGCGUCAGAGCAGAUUAUACAUUCAAUGGCAGGCCAGAAUCCCGAGAUGGUGACUUCUUACGGAAACGCCAACAUGCAUGGUAUGCAUGAUUCCUAUUUCUCCCCGCCUGUGCACAACGAUCCUCGACCGACAACCGCGUCAACUUACGCCAACACCUCGGAAACUGCUGGUAGUCCUGUCUCCUUCGAUAUGAUAGGCAAUUUGAUCCCGAAACGUGAAGCGAGCGCAGUAAGUCGUCGACUCAGUGAUAUCUCUGCAGAAGGAGACCAAACGCUCGGAAGCGCGGCAGCGAAGCGAAUGCAUAGUUCCGAAGUCGAAGGGACGAACGAUGAUCUUACACAAGAUGAUUCUCGUCGUAAACGACGACGUGUGAUAACCCCAGAUCAUAAUCAUAAAAUCGAGUGGGACGAUUCCACUCGGCCCAAGUAUACCCGGAAGAUUGUGAAUGAGAACGCCAGAUAUCGUCACGCACUCAAACUUCGAAGGGCCAAAUCAUCGUGCCCAGAAGGGGUCAAGAGUCUAUAUCAACAUCUAAAGAGUGAAAUAAUCCCUAAGAAGUCGUACUAUCGGAAGAAGGGAACUGAAGCCACAGUGUCUGCGACAGCCCCUGGAGCAGCAGCAUCUCACCAAUUUGUCCCUCCCGCAGCAGGCACGGUUCUCUCUGGAGGUGGAGGAGCCACUUCUUCGAGUACCUCGAACCGAAGGGCUCGACAGGCAAAUCCUCGGACACACAUUCCAGUAGAGACCGUCCGUCAAGCUGCGCCGGAGGGAUGGGAUCCCUACGAUAAUGGUUAUUAUUCCGGGGACGAUAACGUCUCUGAUGCCGGGAAAGAAAUUCGGGGUAAGGCAAGCGACUAUAAGCCCCCUCGCAUGGCUUGCCGACGUUGCAACAAGCUAAAGCAGCCAUGUGAUCACGCGUACCCGGCGUGUUCUCUGUGCGCAAAGUACGGAGAGCGCUGUCGGUAUCGCGAUGAUCUAACUGGCCGGCAAAUUAGGCCUGGUCAGUUAGAGGAGGUGGAGGUCGCCCUCCACGAUGCUCAGGAAGAAAUAAAUCGUCUGAAGAAGCAGGUGAAAUCGAUGGAAGAAGCUCGGAAUCUUCGUAACGACGCUCAACAAUAG